UCAACGCUCCAGCUACGACUACAACUCGGACUCUGAAGAGGAUGUCCCUCGGGGGGGCUGUCACCCCUCCUCAGGGUUGCGACCUCACACAGCCCCGCCCAGGAAGAGACCGUCCCCCUCCUCGUCCAAUCAGGCGGCUCGGGAGAGGAAACAGAAGCACUUAUCCCUCCUGCUGCAGGAGGCGGGGCUUAGCUCCUCCGACGACUCCUUCGAUCAAGAGUCCUCCACUGAGGAGGAUGACGAUGAUGAGGAAGAGGACGAGUCGUCGCGCUCCGAGGGGAGUGAGCUGGAGGAGAGUGGGUUGGGCCUGCUGGCCCGGUUCGCAGCCAGCGCCAUCCCGGUAAACCCCGUCCCACUGCCCCGUCUCCACGACAACAAACACCGUAGCAGGCAAAGCAUUCUGGGUUCUGGUUCUGGUUCUGACCUUCGUCUGAGGAAGUUCCCCUCUCUGCUCCACGGGAAACGCUCCGCUCCCCAACUCCCCCUGUUACCCCCGGCAACGCGCCACGGCGACCAGACGAGCAACGAGACCUCGCCGGUCAAACGCAAACCCCGCCCCUCUCCCCGGUCGCCCCGGAGUUUCACCUUUGACCCCCCCGGGGGGCUAGGGGGAGGGGCUAGCGAGGAGGAGGGAUGGACACGCAGACGUAGCGAGAGGAUUUUCCUUCAUGAUGCCUCCACCAAUCAGAUCUCUCCCUCCGGCAAAGACCCUCCGAUCAGCACUAAGCCCGCCCCCAGACCUAAAACCACACCCAGGGAAGGGAAAGACUUGAAGAAGAAGAGGCUGAAGGACUCUCCCCUGACCCCGCCCUCUCUGUCUAGUCCAAUCACAGAGAGCCCUGUAGCCCCUCCCCUCAGCCCUGCACGCAAGAGCCAAUCAAAAGCCAAGGCUAAACCCCGAGAGGCUCGUGGAGCGGUCAGUAGGCUGAUGAAGAGUAUGGAGGCCGAUGAAGACUUCGAACCCAGUCAGGACAGCAGCUUCUCUGAAGACGAUGGACCUCCUCCGUCACACAGCAGUCUGACUGAGAGGACUCUGUCGUCUGCUCCGGUCCAGUGUGUGUUAGAUAAAGACUCUCUUCAGGAUGGUCUGCGGGUUCUGAUCCCCAUGGACGAUCAGCUGCUGUAUGCUGGACACGUCAACACCGUACACUCCCCGGACAUUUACAGUGUGGUGGUGGAGGGAGAGAGAGGGAACAGACCUCAUAUCUACUGUCUGGAGCAACUCCUGCAGGAGGCUAUUGUGGACGUGAUGCCUCCGUCAGUGUGCUAUCUUCCUGAAGGCUGUCGUAUUGCUGCAUACUGGAGCCAACAGUACCACUGUCUCUACCCCGGCACCGUAGUCAACGGAAGUUCAGACGGUGAUGACAGUGAUGACCUCAUCGCGGUGGAGUUUGACGACGGGGACACGGGUCGUAUCCCCCUCUCCCACAUCAGACUGCUGCCCCCCGACUACAAGAUACAGUGUGCUGAGCCCUCCCCCGCGCUGCUAGUGGCCAGCUGCUCCAGGAGGCGUGUCAGGAAGUGCAGCAAGGACACCAGUGAGACGAGGCCUAAAGCAGGGGACUCCGCCCCCAAGGGCAGAGGGAGACCGGCCAAGAAACCCAAACCCAAACCUGAGCCCCCAGUGAGUCCAGACCCCCGGGAGAAGAUGUCCCCCCCGGUACCCAGCCAGGCUCCAGACAGACCUCAGCUCCCCACCAGACCAGCCCAAGACAGGCCUUCCUCCUCCCAGAGACCUGCUCAGGAAAGCCCCCUGUCUGCCCCCAGGCCGGGACCAGGCCGACCCUCCAAGCCCACCAGCAGCCCCAGCCUGCCUGCCUCCCCACGCAGCCAGAACCCCAGGAGACCCAGCUCAGCCCAGGCCUCUCCCAAGCCCCCAUCUCUCUACCACCCAGCCCCUUACGGGAAGAUACUACGGGUGGACCUGUACAGCCAACCCAAUCUCGCCUCUUGUAACGUCAGCACCCAACCUAACCCUAAACCCAACCUUAAGUCUAAACUCUCCCCUCCACUACUUAAACCCAACCCUACUUCCCUUACCAUCAGACCAAACCCUCUUCUACCUAACCCUAAAACGAACCUUACCUCCGUACCAAAAUCCAAACCUAGACCUAACUCUACAGCAGAACUCCCCAGACCCGCUCCCAAAGCAAUCUCCAGACCCAAACAGAACCAUAACAAACACAGACACACCCCGGAUCCUUCUACCAGGCCUAGAACCAGCCCCGGGCCCAGCUCUAGUACCUCCAAACCUAGAACCAGCUCCGGGCCCAGCUCUAGUACCUCCAAACCUAGAACCAGCUCCGGGCCCAGCUCUAGUACCUCCAAACCUAGAACCAGCUCCGGGCCCAGCUCUAGUACCUCCAAACCUAGAACCAGCUCUGGGCCCAGCUCUAGUACCUCCAAACCUAGAACCAGCCCUGGGCCCAGCUCUAGUACCUCCAAGCCUAGAACCAGCCCUGGGCCCAGCUCUAGUACCUCCAAACCUAGAACCAGCCCUGGGCCCAGCUCUAGUACCUCCAAACCUAGAACCAGCUCCGGGCCCAGCUCUAGUACCUCCAAACCUAGACCCAGCCCUGGACCCAGCUCUAGUACCUCCAAACCUAGAACCAGCUCUAGUACCUCCAAACCUAGACCCAGCUCAGACCACUCUGCUGCCAGAUCCAGAGCGGACCUUAACACCUUUAUUCCGGGUAUCUCCAGACCCAGGCAUGUCCCGGGGGAGGGCGGGCAGGGCGGGGGGCGACAGGGGCGUAAGGCCCUCCCAGAGGAACCCCUAGUGAAGCUGGACCACGAGGGCGUGACCUCGCCCAAGACCAAGAAGACCAAGGCUCUGAUGCUGCUGGAGGGGAGGAACUUACGGCAAGAACACACACCCAUCGCCACGGCCGCAGCCGUCCAGACGCCGGCGAGGGUAAAGGGGAGGGCUCCGGAGAGCGAGGCGGGCCUGCUGGGGAGAGAACCCGCCUACAGAACGCCUUCUCUGGGCAGAGAAAGAGACCGAGGUGGAGGGGGAGACAGAGAACCAAAGAGAGAGGAGAGAACGAAACAAGGGGAAGAGAAGAGAGGGGAGUCUCACGGCAGCAGUAGUUCAGGAUCUGAGGAAGAGGAGGAGACGAGGAAGAAAACAAAGUGUAGCUCCAGCUGCUCCCACCCUUCCUCCCCAGCCUCCUCCUCUUCGUCCUCCUCUAGCACCUCCUCCUCCUCUUCCUCCUCCACUGACGAGGAGUCCUCGUGUAGUUCUGAUGAGGAGACCGCCCCCCCUGACCCUCUCCCCGUCUCCCCCCCUCCAACUACCCCACAGGUGGAGGAAGAGGAGGUAGAGGUGGAGGAAGAGGAGAAGGAGGAAGAGGAAGAAAUGAAGAAGUUGAAAAAGGCCGAAGAGGAAGAAGAAGUAUUAGAAGAAGAUGAAUCUCCCUCCUCUCCUCCCCCGUCUAUCUCCCCGUCCUCCAAGCCAGCCAGGCCCCGGGGUCGUCCAGCCCGGCAGAAGAGCCAGGGAGGUGUGGGGUCGGUGGGCAGGCCGCGGCGCAGAGAGGGGGUUCACCUCCCCACCACCAAGGAGCUGGCUAAGAGACAGCGAUUACCGAGCGUAGAGAACAGACCCAAGAUCUCUGCUUUCCUGCCUGCCAGACAGCUCUGGAAGUGGUUCGGUAAACCCACACAGAGACGUGGUAUGAAAGGGAAGGCUAAGAAGCUGUUCUACAAGGCCAUCGUGCGAGGCAGAGAGAUGAUUGGUAUCGGGGACUGCGCCGUGUUCCUUUCAGCCGGUCGACCUAACCUGCCCUUCAUCGGGAAGAUCCAGAGCAUGUGGGAGAGCUGGGGAUCCAACAUGGUGGUCAGAGUUAACUGGUUUUAUCACCCGGAGGAGACCAACCCUGGCAAGAAACUACACGACAAGAAGAACUGGGAUCAGAUGUCUGGUCAGUCUCUUCCUUCAUCUCUGCUCUCCUCCAACCAGAGGAAAGACUUCAUGGAGCGGGCUCUGUACCAGUCGUCCCACAGCGACGAGAACGAUGUCCAGACGGUCAGUCACAAGUGUCUGGUGGUCGGCGUGUCAGAGUACGAAACCAUGACUCUGACGCGUCGCUACGCCGACAGCCAAGACCUGUACUACCUGGCCGGGACAUACGAACCCACCACUGGCAUGAUCUAUAACACGGACGGAGUCCCCGUCAUCUGAUGGCACGACACGCUAACGACCCCUUGACCUUGUCCCCGACCAAACGCCGAGGUCGAUCCUGUCAACUCGUAACGUUUGAUCCGACGAACGAAGAGAGAGACUACAGCCCGUAUUUACAAACGCUUGGAUCUUCUUUAUAAGCUCACACACACACACACACACACACACACAGACUUCUACCU